GGGAGGGAUGGGGGAGGAAGACUGCUGUAUUUCCUUAAAAGUUUUUCUGUAACUCAAAUCUCUCCCACCCCCGUGAGGUAACACCGUCUUUUCCAGUUGGUGUCAGUGAACUCUGUUUUGGGUACCUACAAAAGCAGAAGGGGAGGUUAGGAUGUGGCUGGAGGAGGCUGGUUCCUGGGUGUAAAUCCUGGCUCUUCUACUUGAACUGACUGUGCCACAGCAUCCUCGUCUGUCUGGUGGAGCUGCCUCACAGAGGAACAAGUGAGUUGUGCGUGUGGAGCAGGUGGCUGACAUGUGGCGAGUCCUCUAGGAAUGUGGCAGCAGAAGGAACACGUUGAGCACCACAGAUACAACCCCGACCACCACUGCAGGGCUUCUGUGCAGGGGCAGCUGCAGAGCCGCCACUUCAGGACAGCAUGGGAGCUGCUGGAGGUCGGGGGAGCUCAGGGAAAGGGCCUUGCUGCCAGGGGUGGGAAGGGAGUCAGUGAAGACAUCCUGGAGGAGAAGAUUCCAGAGCCUGAGAUGUGAAGUAGAGUUAGGUAGCCAGAGACAAGGCAAAGAAGGGCCAUUUUCAUCAGAGAACAGCAUAAAAUUGGCAGAGAUCUGACAUGUCAUUUCCUGUUACUAGAAUUGGGGAGUGACCAGUAGUAGAUUCUUUCAUUUGUUUAUUCAUUCGUGCAGUCCUUCACCUCACACCUGUUCAGGGUCCGGCUAGGCUCUGGACAUAGGGUGGAAGAAAACCAUCUGGGCAGAGGCCGCGUGGACUGUCACCUCUGUCAGGGGUGCCAAGGCUGCCAGAGGACAGCUGUUACUUAUGGGUGGCGGCGUGGUGAGGUCGCACAACACAGAGCUGCCCUGCUGUGUCCAUGCCCUGGCGCUUCCCCGCGGUCACCAUGUGCCUUGGGCAAAUGUAGGCCUCAGGUCCCAGACACAGCCUUCUGUCAGUGGUGGUGGCGGUGGCUGUACCUGCUCCGGGCUGCUGUGAGGGAGGGAUGGGCUCUGGCCACAGACAUGCAAGGUCCCCUUGCAGAGGACCUCCCAAACCUGCUGAGGAAUGUGUACAGCCAUUUGGAUGGUGUUCUCCCCUUGGCCCUCCCUGUAGUCCAGCUGAGUCCAUGUCCUUCAGCCCCUUUUAAAUGUUUCUUUCUCACAGAACCUUGUCUUGGAGGUGCAGUCGGGCCCGGGUUCUGCCUCCUGUGCGGUGCCAGCCCUCCUCCACCAUGCAUGAUGGUGUGUUUUCCGUUACUCUUCCUCCCAGAGCACUGGUGCCCACCCUGACGGUGGUUCCCCACGGUCAGAUUGAGUAUCCCUUAUCUGAAAUGCUUGGGACUAGAAGUGUUUCAGAUUCUGAUCUUUUUGGAUUUUGGCAUAUGUGAAUAUGCAUAAUUGGAUAUCUUGGGGAUGAGACUUAAGUGUAAACACAAAAUUCUUUUCAUAUACACCUUAUACGCAUAGCCUGAAGGUAAUUUUAUGCAAUAUCUUAAAUAUUUUGUGCAUGAAACAGAGUUUUGACUGACCCGUCACGUGAGGUCAGUUGGGGAAUUUUCCUCUUGUGGUGGUAUGUUGGUACUCAGAAAGUUUCGGAUUUUGGAGCAGUUUGGAUUUUUGGAUUAGGGAUGCUCCAUUUGAAUAUCCUUUUAUAUACAGCACAUGGUCAGUGCUCACUAAACUUAGUAUUGCAUGAAUGAAUGAAAACCAAAGGUCAUUUACUAAGCGUGCUACUAUUUCAGAAGCCUCUUUUUCCGAAUUUGGUUAUAUGGUCAGUGGUUUAAUAUUUCAAGUGCUCUGACCACAUAAUGGUUAUUACCACACUGUGAAGGUAGCUGGGUGUUCAGUGAUUGCUGCCCACAGAGGACCUGGAAGUGCUUGCUGUACUUGGUUUUCUGGAAUGGAAAUCAUGGCUCAUUCCCAGGAGCCCCUCAGCAGGGGCUUUGAGUCUGGUGCUAAGCAGCAGAUGUGCAGAUUCCCGCAGGGCUUACCUGAGCCCUGAGAGGGGGCGUCGUAGCGCACUCAUUUCCGCAUUCCUACCCCGCACAGCCAGUUGUCACAGCCAUCCUCCAGUAAAAACCACAAACCAGUCAACCUCUAGGAAACAGGUAGGAAAUCUAGAAAAAGCCUCAGGUGUUCACAGCAUUUUUUAAAGAUUCUUUAAAAAUCUUUGUGAUUGGAAAGACUGCUUCCUGUGCCAGAGAGUCUCUCUCCAGCGCUUUUGCUUCUGAGGUUGGUAGCUUUCAGAAAGACUGCAAUGCAGCGGUUACCAAAGUCCUUGUUAAUAUGGAGACAACCCGUGGUGAAGCCUUUUGCUCCCCUUCACAACUGCUGACUGUUGCCUGCAGUCGGAAGGAGGAGAUAAUGAAGGUGAUACUCCUCCGGACCUGGCAGUUUAGUGAUUAGAACGUACGCGACUCUGUGAAUGCUGUGGCUGGCACAGCGUGUCCUGCAGCAGCUCUGUCCAGUUACUGAUGCAGUGGGCUUCCUGGGAACGUGAAGCCGAAGAUGUCUUUGCAGUUUGUGCACGAUAAUUUUGUUUUCAUCUCUCUGUUCAGAUGGUGGAUUAUAAGAAGAUGAGGAAAAUGAGGCCCAAAGAAGUGAUGCCACUUGGUUAAGGUCCCGGAGCAGGUCAGAAUCAGAUCUAGGAUCAGAAACCUGGCUCCUGGCUCCUGGCUCCCUACUCUUCUAAGGAUCGCUGUCCUGACAGAAGAGAACUCCUCUUUCCUAAAAUGGAGUCGAGUAAAAAGAUGGACUCUCCUGGCGCGCUGCAGACUAACCCACCGCUAAAGCUGCACACUGACCGUAGUGCUGGGACGCCAGUUUUUGUCCCUGAACAAGGAGGUUACAAGGAAAAGUUUGUGAAGACAGUGGAGGACAAGUACAAGUGUGAGAAGUGCCGCCUGGUGCUGUGCAGCCCAAAGCAGACCGAGUGUGGGCACCGCUUCUGCGAGAGCUGCAUGGCCGCCCUGCUGAGCUCUUCAAGUCCAAAAUGUACAGCGUGUCAAGAGAGCAUCGUUAAAGAUAAGGUGUUUAAGGAUAAUUGCUGCAAGAGAGAAAUUCUGGCUCUUCAGAUCUAUUGUCGGAAUGAAAGCAGAGGUUGUGCAGAGCAGUUAACGCUGGGACAUCUGCUGGUGCAUUUAAAAAAUGAUUGCCAUUUUGAAGAGCUUCCAUGUGUGCGUCCUGACUGCAAAGAAAAGGUCUUGAGGAAAGACCUGCGAGACCACGUGGAGAAGGCGUGUAAAUACCGGGAAGCCACGUGCAGCCACUGCAAGAGUCAGGUUCCGAUGAUCGCGCUGCAGAAACACGAAGACACCGACUGUCCCUGCGUGGUGGUAUCCUGCCCUCACAAGUGCAGCGUCCAGACUCUCCUGAGGAGCGAGUUGAGUGCACACUUGUCAGAGUGUGUCAAUGCCCCCAGCACCUGUAGUUUUAAGCGCUAUGGCUGCGUUUUUCAGGGGACAAACCAGCAGAUCAAGGCCCACGAGGCCAGCUCCGCCGUGCAGCACGUCAACCUGCUGAAGGAGUGGAGCAACUCGCUCGAAAAGAAGGUUUCCUUGUUGCAGAAUGAAAGUGUAGAAAAAAACAAGAGCAUACAAAGUUUGCACAAUCAGAUAUGUAGCUUUGAAAUUGAAAUUGAGAGACAAAAGGAAAUGCUUCGAAAUAAUGAAUCAAAAAUCCUUCAUUUACAGCGAGUGAUAGACAGCCAAGCAGAGAAACUGAAGGAGCUCGACAAGGAGAUCCGGCCCUUCCGGCAGAACUGGGAGGAAGCAGACAGCAUGAAGAGCAGCGUGGAGUCCCUCCAGAACCGCGUGACCGAGCUGGAGAGCGUGGACAAGAGCGCGGGGCAAGUGGCUCGGAACACAGGCCUGCUGGAGUCCCAGCUGAGCCGGCAUGACCAGAUGCUGAGUGUGCACGACAUCCGCCUGGCCGACAUGGACCUGCGCUUCCAGGUCCUGGAGACCGCCAGCUACAAUGGAGUGCUCAUCUGGAAGAUUCGCGACUACAAGCGGCGGAAGCAGGAGGCCGUCAUGGGGAAGACCCUGUCCCUUUACAGCCAGCCUUUCUACACCGGCUACUUUGGCUAUAAGAUGUGUGCCAGGGUCUACCUGAACGGGGACGGGAUGGGGAAGGGGACGCACUUGUCGCUGUUUUUUGUCAUCAUGCGUGGGGAAUACGAUGCCCUGCUUCCUUGGCCGUUUAAGCAGAAAGUGACACUCAUGCUGAUGGAUCAGGGGUCCUCUCGACGCCAUUUGGGAGAUGCGUUCAAGCCCGACCCCAACAGCAGCAGCUUCAAGAAGCCCACUGGAGAGAUGAAUAUCGCCUCUGGCUGCCCAGUCUUUGUGGCCCAAACUGUUCUAGAAAAUGGGACAUAUAUUAAAGAUGAUACAAUUUUUAUUAAAGUCAUAGUGGAUACUUCGGAUCUGCCCGAUCCCUGAUGAGUAGCUGGGGAGGUGGAUUUAGCAGAAGGCAACUCCUCUGGGGGAUUUGAACCGGUCUGUCUUCACUGAGGUCCUCACGCUCAGAAAAGGACCUUGUGAGACGGAGGAAGCGGCAGAAGGCGGACGUGUGCCGGCGGGAGGAGCCACGCGUGAGCACACCUGACACGUUUUAUAAUAGACUAGCCACACUUCACUCUGAAGAAUUAUUUAUCCUUCAACAAGAUAAAUAUUGCUGUCAGAGAAGGUUUUCAUUUUCAUUUUUAAAGAUCUAGUUAAUUAAGGUGGAAAACAUAUAUGCUAAACAAAAGAAACAUGAUUUUUCUUCCUUAAACUUGAACACCAAAAACCCCCACACACACACACACACGUGGGGAUAGCUGGACAUGUCAGCAUGUUAAGUAAAAGGAGAAUUUAUGAAAUAGUAAUGCAAUUCUGAUAUCUUCUUUCUAAAAUUCAAGAGUGCAAUUUUGUUUCAAAUACAGUAUAUUGUCUAUUUUUAAGGCCUCAUCUGGUCUCUGUUUUAAUAAUUUGUUUGUCAGAAGACCCUGAAGUAUAUACCUAGGUCUUUUUUUUGAAAGUCUCUAAAUUCAGAAUCAUUUUUUAAUUUAAAGUUCUACAAAUAAUUGUUACUGCAAACAUUUUAUUUUAAAACGUUGAUAGACUGAUAUUUCUUGGAAGAAAAUAUAAAAUAUCAAACACUGGUUAUCACUUGUGAUAGGAAAGAGAAUAUUCAACCUGUUGUUAUUUCUCGUUAGAAAUGUAAACCUUCAAUAUCUGUCGUAGUUAAUGACACGACUUCACAAUUCUGAACGGAGCCUCGCUCAUGGAUGCUGUGCAUCAUUUUCAGAUUUAUAAUUGUUUUCACCCUAAAAUAGGGCAUCCGUUGAACUUUGGAGUUCUAAACAAAAUCCUGUAGGUGUUUGGAUUCUGCCCCAUGUGUUUGGACGAGCUCUCUGUUGCUGACAGCACCGGCCUUCGGUCUCCAUGUCAGGGGUGGGCGGGUGACUGCUGAGGGAGGCCCGCAGGUGUGUUUCUCCAUCCCGUCAUCUUGCUGCAUGCCGUCAACGGUCUCCGAAAGCAACAUUGUGCAUAGAGCUGGUGGCAUACGGUACACGUGCCUUAGAUGUGACAUGCUGCUUCUCCACCCUGGGUUUGCGUUGAGCAUAAUUCUAGAAAGUGCUAGUUUAACCAGACUUUUCUCUCCACCACUAGAUCUUUGUCUCUACAAGGGCCCUCAGACACCUCUGCACCUGCUGAGGGGAAGCCAGGCUCCACCGUCGGCUUCUGGAGCCUCCGCUGCUUAAUUACCACAGAUUCCAAAUCUCUAGGCCCCACGAGUGAGCCGCCUGGUCCAAGUACGGCCUGGUCCCACCCUGAGGGAGGCAGGUGUGGAACAGAAGCCGAGCCUCUCCGUGUCCCCACCGGGGCCGUGGGCACCCCCACAGCCCGAAGCAGAACCCUCUGAGCAUUCCAGAGACCGCUGCUCGGGGGCCUGCCCAGGCUGACCAACGGGCGCUCCUGACCACAGGGCCCGUCGUCCCAGCCUGUGCCUGCCCGGACGGCAUUUUCUCAACUCACUGUUUACUGUCUCUCAGUGUCCAGCUGUGAUUGGAGGCCUGGAGCCCGCCCCCUGCACCCCUUUUGCUAUGCACCACGCUUCAUGGUGCUCUUACCACUGAUGGGUGCUACACGCGACGGGUGCUUCUUAGGCAAAACCAAUGUGUGCGAACCGUCACACCUGUGCCACUCGCCCACAAGCCGCGCCCACGAUUGGCCAGCUGGGCCGUGCACGUCAGACUGCCUGCCUCGGCUCUCCCCGUGGCCGUGCGGGGACAGCUUGGUGGGUGCCCGGUGGCCCACCUGUCUCUGGUGCUGCCAUCUGUCCUGGGUGUGCCUUCGCCCCAGUGCCUGCUGGAAGUGCCCUCCGUCGCACCCCUGUGCCCCGAGCUCCCGUGAGGGGCCCGCCGCGCCCUUUCGCGGUCGAAGCGUUCCGUUGUUCUUAUCUGCCUUUCCUUUCCCCGCUCUCCUGGGAUUACUUUGGGGGAAUGAGUGUCCUUGGUUCUGCCCUGUGAGGGAGUCAUGUGUCCCUGCUCAUAAAGGAAGGACUUCCUGCAGAAGCUGCGGAAAACUACUGUUCCCUCGAAGGUGUCCCCCACCUCAGGCCUGUCCCCUACCUGCCCUCAGGUAGUUUUCCUGAGGCCAGGGGUUAACAACAGGGACAUCCCUGCAACUUCCCCUUCACAAAAUGUACAAUAUUAGAUGAAGGAUAUGCAACAUCUUGGUCUGGUAAGAACCGUUUCCUCCCCUCUGGGUUGAAGUCCGGGUGUGGCCCCUGGAAGCAGCAGUGCGUGUCACUGGGACGUCUCCAGUAGCCCUUCCCAGGCAGACGCUCCUGGCAGGACGCCAUGGGGCCCACCCAAGGGUCCCACAGACGUAACCUGAGUGACAGGAGUCCUUGAGGAUGGGAUGGCCCGUCUCACACACUUUGUCCUUGAACCUGAGUGAUGGGGGUCCUUGAGGAUGGGAUGGCCCGUGUGACACGCUUUGUCCUUGUGUUUGGUUGUAUCGGGGUCUCUGUUCUGAGUGUGUCUUCCUCUCAUGUACUCAGCACAGUGGGCAGCAGCCUGGGAUGGCGUCCCCUCUCCCGGCGGCGGGCAAGCCUUGCGCUGCUCCACCCUCGGCCCGGGCACCCUCACUUGGCACUCGCCACCUGGGCCAGCCUGGGGCCAUGGUCUCCCUGCAGCUGAGGCCCAGUGGCCCCUUGGGCAGUGAUCGGCCCUCCCCCUGUCACAGGGCCUUGGCAACAAGCGGGAAAGGGGGGCGCACACUGUGUGCUUGGGGGUGCUGCUUGUUUACCACACGUGACCAAACUCCCAGCAGGACAGAGCUGCUCAGUACUUUACAGAAACCAACUGAGUCCUUUGUGCAUGAAUUAAGCCUGUCUGCUUCCCCGUCACCUUCGUAACAAAACAACGUCCUCUCUCCCCUCGCCUCGAGCAGUUUCUCCGGGACACCGUGGCUUGGGCUGCUCCCUGCUGCCAGGCACGCUGGGUGGCUGGCCUGGGCCCAGCUCACGUGAAGGGCACUGGCUCUUGUGACCACACUGAGCCACGUGCAAGCCUCAGCCGGGCCUGGAAGCCUGAUCCUCUGGUUCUAGGGCUUGUCCAGCAGAGCCUGCAGAGCUAGAAGUUGGGGUGUGUCUGUGAUGAUAUGGGGGCCAGGCUGGGAGUAGGGCCUUUCCAGCAGGGUUGGGUGGCUCAGUGAGGGUGUGGAAGUCGGGGACCCAUGGGGCCUGGCUUUGGGACUAGACAUGCCAGCCCCAGCUGGGCUGGAGGAAGCCUGAGUAAGCCCCAACAUAUGCUGCGCUUUUCAGCUCGCCGUGCUCUGGUGACACACAGGCGGCCAGGUUGGGAUUUGUGUCGAUUCUAGGAGCCGUCAAGCAUGAAAGUGGUGCUGUCCCCUGAGCGCAAGCCUCGCCGGACCCCUGGGCGAAGGCCUGGACUUGCAGAUGUGUGUUCCCUGUGCGGGUGGGCAGAGGGGGCCCUUGUGACCCAGAUUGCAGCCCCAUUCCGCCACCAGAGCAGCCUCUGCCGAGGGACAGCACCUGUGUCCCUUCAAUGCCACAACAGCCGGUUGAACAGGGGAGCCCUUUGCUCAGGCAGCUUCUCCUGCCUCUCCCUCCUUUCUCCUUCCCUGCCCCAUCCCCGUGCCCUUCUUGGCCUGUGGCGCUGGGGAGCCAUGGUGUGGCAUACUGGGGCUCCUGCUCCUUUGGCCACUUCCUCAGCCCGGGCCCCACAGGCCCACCGCCUGUCAGGGCUCCCACUGCACUGGCUGUGGCAGGAGGCUUCCCCAUGACCCCGUGUGGCCCAGCUCGGUGAGGAUGCAGUUCCAGGCACAGCCCCUGGGACAGCCAGCUGCCUCCCAGACCACCUCAGUCAUCGUGGGCCAGGGGCCACAUGUCCCAUGGAUGUCGACCAUGCCAACGUCACAUUCCAGCACCACUUUUGCUUGAUGGCGUCUGGUGGUAGUCACCAUGGGGGACCCACAUCCUGCAGCCAGAGGUGAUGUCGGACAAAGGAAGGGGGGUCUGGAUGGGUCCUUAAACAACCAUUCUGUCCCCAGCGGGGUCAUUCCUUGUCAGCCCAAAGGAGGGCCGGGGAGUACACUGAUCCCAACAGCUGGGCUGACACCUCCUUUCUCCCCUGCACAGGGAGGAUUGGCGCGAGGACCGUCACCCUGUGCACCGCCCCAGUAGGAUGGCAGUGCCACUGUCUCCUUGGGCCGUUGCAGGAUUGGGUGGGCACAGACUCCCCUUGCAGGCCCCUUGCUCACUCCCCGGCCCUCCCAGACUCCUCCCUCUACUGGGGGUAAUUUGUGUGUCAGAAGGGCUCUGGCAGAGCUGUAAAAUACUGUUUUUUAAAAAUUUUAGUCCAGAUCUUUACUUAUUAGGCUGCAGAAGGAGAGCUAGGGAGAGUGCUGGGAGCCCCUUUGCUUUUGUGUCUGUGAGAUGAAUGAGGGUCUGUCACCCAAAUCUACUUCUCAGCCCAUGACCAUAGUUCUGUUUUCCGUUUGCAAAUCUCAGUAGCUCUGUUUUCUCCAAAGUAGAAUGUGCCCACCGGGGUCCUAGCCAGGCGAGAUCAGUGUCGGCAGGCUACCUGGUCAUUAUUGCUGCCUCGUCCAGGCUGUUGCUGAUGGUCACAGGCACAGUGGCAUCAGGGAGCCGGGCCAGCAGCUCACUGCAAGGGCAUUUUCCACCUGACCCUGGUGUGCCCCCACAUGUGGUUGCAGGGCAGACGUGUGAAGCCUCGGCCGUCUCGGGGCUGGCAGGUGUGCGGGUGAGGAGGCCCUGGUGGCCAAGCAGAGCCUGCGUUUCAUUUCUCCUGCUGCACUGUGUCUAGUCUGUCUUGUGAACUCUCACCGUGAAAUGAGGCUGGAAGUCCAGGAUAGCUGUACCACUCCUGUAAUUAGGGAUGACUGGAUCUGACAACUUAGUCCCCUCAGACAAGAUACCCUCCAACAGCAAAUUCAAUGACUUAAUUGGAAAACACAAGCCGGCAUGAUGUCCGGUGAUUUCUGUAAGAAACGCCUGUAGGAGAAGGUCUGUGAAGUGUGGAGGGCAGUGUUGACGCUGCACAGCAUCUGCAGAUUCGCAGCCUCUUCUCUGCCGGUGCCUCUGUGUUCGGUUCUGUUACCCAAAAAACAAAGACCAAAGAAGGCCAAUCUCUCAUUUGACCCUGUCUUUUUAAUCUGCCUGUUUUAAAAGUUGCGUCUGUAGUAGUCGCUUGCUGUGAGGACACAUCUUGACAGUCCAAGUGAUUUUGUGACCAGUGAUUCGGGUCCUGUUUUCCGCUCUUCUAAGAAAAAAACAAAAAGACCAUCAGUUAUUGCCCAGCAAUAAUCAUGUUGUUACUGUGAGUUAGCAACAUGCCUGACUUUCUGAUAGCAUUACUGUUUUAUAUUUUUGUUUAUUGUAUAUUAUGUGUGGUUUUAUUUGGUAUUUAUUUGUGUUUUGAGGUCUUGCAAUGUUUUUGUGUUUCUGAUGCUAAUAACUAAAGUUUGUAAGACUGUAGAAUGCAAAACUCGGAGAUGCUAAACUGUCUUAUUAGAGGAAAAUAAAUCUGAUUAUGGAGUCUCA